AUGGCCGGCCCGGCCCGGCUCCCCAGGGGGCUGCUGCUGGCCGCGCUGGUGGUGACCGUGACCGCGGCUGCCCAGCCGACCCGCCUGCUGCCCCUGCUGGCCGCGGGCCGGGGCACUCUGGACCGGGAGGCGCUGGGAGGCCUGUUAAAUACGCUGGCGGCCCGUGUGCACUGCUCCGGCGGGCCAUGUGGAAAGUGCCUGUCUGUGGAGGCCGCCCUGGCCCUGGGCGCGCCCGAGGAUGGGGUGUCGUCCAGGCACCUGGCCCGCCUCGGCGCCGCUGUCGCCUUGUACCUCAGCGACCCCGAGGGCACCUGCGUGGACAUCCGGGCCGGCCGCUGGGCCUCCAGCGCCGACCAACUCCUGGCCCUGCUCGAGGGCCCUGAAGCCCUGGCCCCAGGCCUGAGCCGGCUGCUGCUGAGCGUCCAGGCCCGGGCCGCCGGCCAGCCCUCGGCGGAUGAGGCCUGUGUGGACCUGCCGGGGCUGCUGGACGAAGCGUGGGGGCAGGGCGCCCGCGGCAGCCCCGGCCCGGCCCUGGCGGCGCUGGUCGACCACGUCGGGAGCGGGUCCUGCUUCCGCGCCCUGCCGGCGCCCCAGUACUUCGUGGACUUCGUGUUCCGGCAGCAAAGCAACGAGCGCCCCAACAUCACACUGGCCGAGCUGGCGGCCCUGAUGCAGCAUCUGGGGGUGGGCACGGAGGCGGUGGUGGAGACCCAGGGCCACGGCCACGGUCACCCCCACGGGGGCCCUGCCCCUCUCGUCGCCCCCAACGGCAGCUCCAGCGUGUGGGACACGGUGUGUCUGAGCGCCAGGGACGUGAUGGCCGUGUACGGGCUGCCCACGCAGACGGGGGUGAGCCCUGAGGCCUGGGCCCAGCUGAGCCCCGCUCUGCUCCAGCAGCAGCUGAGUGGGGCCUGCAGCGCCCAGGUGGGACCCCCUCAGGACCAGCUCAGCCGAGCAGAGAAGUACCUGUACGGCUCGCUGGCCACACUGGUCAUCUGCCUGGCAUCCGUGUUCGGGCUCCUGCUUCUGACCUGCGCCCGCUGCGGCACGGCCACUGGCUACGUCACCCAGACCUUCCUGGGCAUGUCUGUGGGGACCCUCACCGGGGACGCCCUCCUGCACCUGACACCCAAGGUGCUGGGGCUGCACUCCCACGGCGCCGGGCAGGACCACCACCCGCUGGCCACCUGGCGCCUCGUGGCCAUGCUGGGGGGCCUCUACGCCUUCUUCCUGUUCGAGAGCCUCUUCAAUCUCUUGCUGCCCCAGGAACCAGAGUGCCUGUCCCCAUUGGACCCACAGGACGGUCCCAGUGGCCAUGGUGGCCACAGCCACGGCGUGUCACUGCAGCUCACGCCCAGCGACCUCUGGGGGUCCAAGCAGCCCCCCAAGGACUCCAGGACAGACCUGGUGUCUGAGGAGAGCCCGGAGCUGCCGAGCCCAGCGCCCCAGAGGAGGCAGCGCCCAGAGCUGAGGCUGCUGCCCUACAUGGUCACCCUCGGGGACGCGGUGCACAACUUCGCAGACGGCCUUGCGGUGGGCGCCGCCUUCACGUCCUCCUGGAAGACGGGGCUGGCCACCUCGCUGGCCGUGUUCUGCCACGAGGUGCCCCACGAGAUGGGGGACUUCGCGGCGCUGCUGCACUGCGGGCUGUCGGUGCGCCGCGCGCUGCUGCUCAACCUGGCCUCGGCGCUCACGGCCUUCUGCGGCCUCUACUUGGCGCUCGUGGUCGGCGUGGACGAGGAUAAGGAGACCUGGAUCCUGGCGGUGGCCACCGGCCUCUUCCUCUACGUGGCGCUCUGCGACAUGCUCCCGGCCAUGCUGAAUGUGCGGGACCCGCGGCCCUGGCUCCUCUUCCUGCUGCACAACGUGGGCCUGCUGGGCGGCUGGACCCUCCUGCUGCUGCUGUCCCUGUAUGAGGACAACAUCACCUUCUCGUAGCUUCUGGGCCCUUGGCUCUUCCUCCUGGACCCUACAGCUGGAGUCCUGGAGCCCCAAACGUUUGGGCUGCCCCUCCGCGCUCUGUGCCCCAGCACCCCACUUCAAUAAAGACUCGACUU